AUGCGGCCCCCAUUUGCCAACGUUGUGAGACCAGAGGAACAGGCAAUCUUGUGGUGCUACUACCAUCCAGCUCCCCUGACCCGAGUCCGAGACAAACAGGUCCGCGCUCGACGCGCACGACAGCGCGGAAACCAACUUGGAAACCGGGGUGAGACAAGAGAUGCACAACUGACAGAGCAUCACGCGAAGGGGCUGCCCUCCUCGUCCCCGAGCGGUACAGCAAGGACUCCUGGGUCGGAAACCUCGCAGUUUUUGGGCUCAACAAGCUAUUUGGCUGUAUUGAAGGAAAACCCUCUGUCCGUUCUGCCAUCUCCCCCAUCCAGUCGAUGCCUCCAGGAUGAGUUCGAGCACUGGCGGACUGACCAUGCGUACGCAUCCGCUCGACUCAUCCGCCUUGUAUCUGCGGCUGCAUUCCAUUAUGAACAAAUUGCCUGGUACUACGAGAGGGGCCGGUUUACCAUAAUCCCCGCACCUUUGAUACUGGGUCCGCUGGCAGACUUGAAAGAGUAUGUGCAAGUAGAGUCCUGGGAUGGUAUCAGUAACUGGGAAACCUUGCACAAAGAGAUCUCUGCUGCAAGUGCCAUUCCGCUCCAGGUCAACGCCACUACGUCUCUGGACGACUUCCGCAUGAUGGUCAGUGGGAGAAGACUUCGGUGGGAGUUUGUGGGCUUGAUGCUUGCAUUGGCAGGCAUUAGUGUACAAGGUCGUUACCCCAGUCACCACGUCAUUGACCUAAGGAAUGGCGAGCAGACGGACGUGGAGACCUUCACCAAGGACAUAGUGCUUGCAUGUAAUGCCUGCCUUGAACUUUGCAGUAGAUAUGAACAUGCCAAUGAUGUGAUGGUGUGGAUGCGGUACAUGCACAUCUACCUCGGAACGGAGGUUUUGGGGGAAACCAGUGAACGGGUCUACAGGCUGUUUGGUGACCUUGUAUCCAGUAUCUAUGCAAUGGGGUUGCAUCACAAUGAGGACAGGAACAUCCCCUUCUAUCUGUCCGAGACUCGCAAACGCAUGCUUGCAGUGACACACAGAACCGACAAAAACAUUGCUACACUGCUCGGGAGACCCCCUCGUCUUCCCCAUCACUACUGCGCCGUAGAACUGCCAUGGGAUCUGGCUGAUGAAACCCUGUUCCUAGAUCAAGAAUCUAUCGAGAUGGCGCUUCUUACCUUGGACAAGGAAGGCUGGAACACGGCUGGACGAUUUUACCCGGCUACCGUAAUUCGCAUGCGCCAGAUCCUGUCGGUUCUGCGCGAGCAAGUACUUGAUCUAUCAUUAGGCCAUAGAGGAGAGACUGGCGGUGGAGAUCGGCUUUUGUUCGCCUACCAAAGGUGUCAAGACACCUGGGAAAAGAUACCUGAGCAGUUCCGGUACCGUCCUGAGUGCUGGGGAACAAUGGGUGCUGUCGACUGUUUGGCCCGCGUGAUCGUGCAUUGCGAGUACUUGCUCAGCGUUUUUCAACUCCAUCGGAUUCGCUGCCAAGACAGUCUGGACGGAAUCAAAGAUCUUCUGGACACAUCUAUGAAGAUUUUAUCUGUGAUUGUCGAUCUUACGAGACAGUGCCAGCGGCAUGAAGUCCGAAAACAGCUCCCCUGGAUAUGUCUGAUCUAUGUCAUACCCGCCGCUGGUGUGGUGGUUACAGAGAUUCACCGUCACACACUCUCGAACCGAGCCCUGCCAUCUUCAAUGCCUCGCUCCGAGAUCAUCCGCACUCUGAGUUUUGUAAUAUCGUGGUUUCAAACAUCUGAGCUGCCGUCGACAAGCUCUUCUACAGCAUGUAUGGAGCUUAUCAACCUUAUUAGCCGGCUUCUAGACAAUUCACUCGACUACCAGCCCGUUUUGGCGCAUUCCAAUGUCUCUGCUCCCGAUAUUGCCGGGAAUGGGGCAGGAAGUACAGAAACUGGCAAUACACCCGGUCUGCAGCAAGGAACCAACUUUGAUAGCGUAUCGGACGGGAUGACGCUGGAAUCAGGAGCCCGACUGGAUGCGAAUCUGGGACUUGAACUCGCGAGUGAGGAUUUCUUGAGUUGGUUGGAUGAUUUGGAUCUUGACCUUGUGACUCCGGAUUGGAUUUUCUUGGGAGAGUAG